AUUUCAACCGGAUAGCAACAAGCAGUCCAGUGCCCAACGAUGGUUGCAUCGCUCUCUUCCUCGCAGUAAAAAAACAGUCAUAUAGUGGCUAAUCUGAUUGACAUGCUGGUGGGGAACAGGCUUCGUUUUCUCCAAUUAUUAUGAGGGACUACCAGGAACUCAAGUGUGCACUGAAAAGGCAGAAGCCCAUAAGUUGAAUUCCAUGUAUGAAAAUCUGGCGCAGACCAGAGAUAGACAUGGUCUUCCUGCACUCUCAUGAGCCACCUGACUCGAUUUUAAUCACAUCUGAACAAAACUUACCCUUUAAUUACUCCCCAAGGCUCCACAUAACUGCUUCGUAAUUGAUAACGGGUACUUUAAAGUUGAAGUUUUAAUCGUUGCAUCUCUCAUUUGCCGGAAGCUUCUUAGUAUUUUCGUUGGCGAACUGUGCUGGUCUUAGAUUUUUGGUUCCACGGAUCGGGUGGAAGUUCCCAGAACCUAUCUGGGCAAAGCAAAAGGGGAUGUUCGAUCAGGUGAUUGGGAAUUUCUUUUCAUUGCAGCGGGAAGUUCCCAGUUCGGCAAACGGCUCUAUAAAACGGGAGGAACAAGUACCAAGCGCGACCAUCAGUUCCUUAGUGGUUAGCAGUGACAGAACACACCACAGGUUCGAACUGAGAAAGUGCACCGCACCAUGGCUGCUGGAAGCUCACACCCGUAUCGUUUGCUGACACUCAAAGUCCUGCUCACAACGGUAUGCAGCUUCCAAAUACAGCUGCAGCCAGAUCCUUUACCGUGGAUCCGGGUCGGCCAGGAGCUGGUACUGAGGUGCGAAAGCAAGGACUGUCCCUCUCCUAGUUUCGUUUGGAGAACCGGAAUUGACAAACCUCUCGGGGGCACGGUGAGCAGCCAGGGCUCGGUGUCUACCCUCACCUUCUCCCCGGUGACCCGCCAGGACGAGAACACAUUCAUCUGCUACGUGACCUGCGGCGAGCAGAAGAAACAGAAAUCCCGGGCGGUGGACGUUUACUCUUUCCCAGAUGCGUUGAUCCUGCAGGCGGUCGGGACUUUGGAAGUGGGCCGGAAGAGCACCGUCUCCUGCACCGUGCCUGAUGUUUACCCCCCGGGCAGAAGGGAGGUCAAGCUAUUGAAAGGAGAGACGGUCCUAGCGGAAAAGCAGCAAUUCGGUGGAGAGGCGAUCACCCUCAGCGCUGAACUGAUCCCUUCCCUGCGUGACUCAGGCCAGGAGAUCACCUGCCAGGCUCAGCUCUACAUCCAGGGACUCUCAAAGUCUUUGGAGGACAAGUUAAUGUUACACGUCCUGUAUGCACCCAGAAUGACGCAGAUUUCUGUAACACCAUCUGCCACAGUGAGAGAGGGUCAGGAUCUCCAGCUGGCCUGUACUGCUGAGAGCAAGCCCCCUGCCAGCUUUGUGUGGAGCAAACUAUUAGCCCAGGGUUGGUCAGUCAUUGCCCAGAAUGAAUCCACUCUGCAGCUGCCCAAACCCCAGCUUGCAGACUCCGGAACCUACCGUUGUGAAGCCAGCAACAUGCUGGGGCAGGAGGCCAGACAACUGGAGAUUCACAUUCUCACUGAACCUCGAGAUACACAUCUCUCCAUCAGUCCAGCCGCUGUGAAAGAAGGAGAGCGUGUCACUGUCACCUGCACCAGCCACUCAAACCCCCCCGCUCAGAUCAUUCUGAGCAAGAAGACAGAAAGUGGGCAGAUAAAGUUGGACUCGAAGAAUGGAACAUUUGUAAUUGAUGUGGCUCACGCUAGUGAUGAAGGGCAGUAUGAAUGUGAAGCCAGAAAUGAUCUGGGAACACAGAUCCAGAACACAGAGCUCGUGGUUCAAGUUCUGAGUCUUUGGGUUCAUCCUUCCAAAUUGGUUAGUGAAGGUGAGAAUGUCACCAUCGGCUGCACUGUUCACAGCAAUUUCUCUGCAAAUUUCACUUGGAAAAAAAGGGAGAAUAAUAGUGAAACUAUUUUGCCAUCCACGAACAACUCCUUUUCCAUCCUUCAAAUAACUCACAGUGAUGCUGGAUAUUAUGAGGUUGAAGUAAUCAAUGAAUUGGGGAAUCAAACAGGAUUUGUGUCAAUACAAGUUACUGGAACAACGCUAUAUGUCCCUACUGAUGAGAAACCGAGGGGGAUCCUAGAAACAGCAUACAUAGGUGCUUCACUUGGAUCUGCUGGAUUAUUAUUUAGUACGAUGUACUAUAUCUAUCGCAGAAGUAACUGCAAGGGAUCAUACACGAUGCCAACAGAGCAGAUCUAGUGAAGAAAUAAAGGACUGGAGGAAUUAAUAUUCCUACUGUACCGACUGUUUAAUCUUCUAGCCUUGCUGUUAGAAGCAGGAUGGUGGACUGGGAGAUGACUUUUGAAUUGUCCAGGAACUUGAACAAAGGAAUUUUUAAAAAAAAAGUAAUUACCUUUGUUCACUUCAAAGAACUUUAACAGAUAAUUCAAAUAAUAUGACUUCUUCAGAAUGCAAACUUAAUUUUAUCACAAUUGCUCACCUCCAUGUGACAUUUGCAGAACAGUGAAAAUAAUUUUGUUUCCAAGAUGGAUAAGAAUUUAGGGAUGCUUUGGGUGAUACAAAGCAUAGGACAGUCCCUGUCAUAUGAAUGUGAUGCAAUAGCAUUACCAACAGUUGACAUUCAGAGAAUGGAAGGCAAAAGAAAACUUGAACUUAAGACACUUUAUUGUAAAUAGUUUUUAAAUGUUUUUUACCUAAAUAGUUCUGUGAUAUUUAUUAAUUUCAAUGUAUAUUAUGUUGAUAGUAAAACUGUAGAAACAAUUCACUUUAAAAUAGUCACUGGCAAUGACUGUGGUAACUAGCUGUAGAAAGCAGAUUCACAUUCAGGCUCUUAACACUCAAUAGUGAUGUAGAUACGGUUGCUAAGUGCUGUUAAAUUCAGUGCCCAUCCCGCUAUCACAGCAGGCCUGGUACCUACAAGUGACAGCGAUCUCCAAUUUAUACUAAAAUAUCUGCAAUAAUUCAGGCAGCUACAGGCUAAUGCUGUAGACAAACUAUAUUGAGAUGUUGCGUUGCUGCAGCACAACCUGCUAAGGUAGUGAGGACUAGUUCCACAACCAGUUCUGGAUCUAUAGAUCCAAAACACUAUCCACUGUGGCUGUAUCCAGGCACUGACUACUGGGUUGAGCUUGAAUACUGUGCUGGUCUGUGACAUUAUGCUAGGGUGGGAUCAAUUUCUAAAACUGGGAUUAGAAAUCGUGCCCAAUUAUGACUCAUAUAUGACAAAAUAAAUUCAAUUUAAUUUAUCCUACAGUCUGCUUCCGUUAAUUCAAAGCUUUCUUUGGGUGAAAUUUUGAAUUAUCCAGUAAUUUGAACUAAGCAACUUAAUAAAAACUGGAAUUACAUUUGUUCACUUCAAAGAACUUUAACAGGUAAUUCAUAUAAUACAAGUUCAGAACGCAAACAGUUAAUGAAUUUACCAGUUUUACAAUCUCCCCACUCCCAGCCUCAUCCCAUGACCAAAUCUCACUCUCAUCCCCACCUGCUUGAACUGAUGCAACCUGUCCAUGUUCCCUCCUACCUAUCCCUCCCACUGACCAAUCCCCACCACUCCCUACCUCCACACACCUCUCACCAUCCCACCUACCUCCACACACCUCUCACCAUCCCACCUACCUGCCCCAGCCCCAGUCCCACCCCUCCUCUCUCUCUACUUCCCAGCUCCCUUUCCCUUCCCCAUCCCCAUUUCUGAAGAAGGGUCCCGACCCAAAGUCAACUUACCUGCUCCUCUGCUGCCUGGCCUGCUGUGUUGUAUCUUAAUUUUAUUACAGUUGCUUGCCUGCAUGUGACACUUGCAGAAGUGUAUAAAUAAUUAGUUUCCAAAAUGGUGGAUAAACAGACACUUUGGGUGAUUUUUUUUUGUUGCAUCCAUGGAAGAAAUUGUAUUAUUGUUUUCGUUGCUUCCAAAGGUGAUUAAAUACCUUGAAAUAUCAAGUGUACAGUCGAUUACGGGGCGACAAUUGUAUUUUUAAUGAAAUAAAUUUUUUUUAAAAAAUCUCUUGCUGGUCUGGGAGUCAAAUAUAAGAUCAACAAUAUCAAUUUAUUAGUCCUGACAAUACUGGGAGUAGUGGGAAAAGAAAUUGCUACUGGACAAAGGCAUACUGGGGAGAAUCUGCAAAUCGCUACACAAAUAGAAAAAGCACAAGAAUAAUUAGGAAUAAAAUGAAGUAACUUGGGAGGUGUGAGGGAGCGUCAUUAAAGCACACAGCAACAGAGAGGAAAAGCAAAGGGGAUAAAGGAAGAGUAACAGAGAAACUGUUUCAGAG